AGAAGAAGCCGUUCUCGCAUUAAAGCUCUUCUGAGGAGUUAAAUAAAAAUAUAUAUCUCAUUAUACCAGUAAUUUCUAUUAUUUAACGGAUUUACUCUUGACAAUAGCUGGCCAGAAUGGCAUCAGACUGGAUUGGCUGUCUUGUUUCGAUCCACUGUGGCCCAACUCUGGGAGUUUAUCAAGGAGAAGUGUCUUCAAUAGAUCAAAGCAGCCAGACAAUCUCUCUCAGACACCCCUUCCACAAUGGAGUCAAGUGCACAGUGCCUGAGGUCACUUUCAGUGCCAUGGACAUUAAAGAUCUCAAAAUCCUGGAGAUCCGUAAGAGCACAUCUGAAGUCCCAAAGCAGAAUGGUCCUGACUCCAGGUCCACAUUGACGCCGCAGGGCGGACGCAAGGACAAGGGUGGUGCUGCACUGGGCAAUAGUGCUCCUCUUACAGUACUGAAUAAAACGGAACCCAAAACGCAGGAAGAAGGGGUGUCUCCAGUGCCAGCCUACUCAAAGAGUUACGGUGAACGUCACAUGGACAUGGCUGCUCAAAAUAAAGGCUUUAGACGAAGACACAACUCCUGGUCGUCUAGUUGCAGAGGUCCUAAUCAGGCCACUCCGAAAAAGAAUGGGCUGAAGAAUGGAGGUCUAAUGAAGAACAAAGAUGAUGAAUGUUUUGGAGACGGUAUGGAAGAUGUUCCCGAUGAGGACUUUGAUUUUGAGGGGAACCUGGCGCUCUUCGACAAGGCUGCGGUGUUCUCGCAGAUCGAGUCGUCAGAACGGCGAGGCAACGGUGCGAGAUCUCGAGGUACGCCUGGAGAGCAAACGCCAUCACGAUACCGGCACGACGAGAACAUCCUAGAAGCCAAACCCGUCGUCUACAGACAGAUCACUGUUCCACAGAAUGAAACGAAAGAAUAUAGCACUGACUCAGGGCUGGUGGUACCCAGCAUCUCUUUCGAGUUGCACAAGCGUUUAAUAGCUGCGGCAGAAAGUCAUGGUCUGUCUCUGGAGCGCAGGCUUGAAAUGACAGGUGUAUGUGCGAGUCAGAUGGCCCUCACGCUGCUUGGAGGCCCGAACAGACUUACCCCAAAAAAUGUGCAUCAGCGGCCCACAGUAGCUCUACUGUGUGGACCACAUGUCCAGGGUGCUCAGGGGAUCAGCUGUGGCCGGCACUUGGCCAACCAUGAAGUGGAGGUCAUCCUUUUCCUGCCAAACUUUGUCAAGAUGUUGGAGGCCAUCACCAGCGAACUUGCACUCUUUGGGAAGACGGGAGGCAAACUGGUUUCAAAUGUGAAAGACUUGCCCGAGACGCCGGUUGACUUAGUCAUAAACUGCCUGGAUUCGCAUGAAAAUGGAUUCUUGAGGGAGCAGCCCUGGUACAAGGCUGCCGCCGACUGGGCCAACCAGAACCGAGCCCCAGUACUGAGCAUCGACCCUCCUGUAAGCGGACAGGCACAUGCCGUGGAAGCAAAAUGGUCACUUUCCCUCGGCCUCCCGCUGCCUGUGUCCGAGGACGCCGGCCGAGUCUACCUGUGUGACAUCGGCAUUCCCCGACAGGUUUUCCAGGAAGUGGGGAUCAAAUACCACUCUCCCUUUGGAUGUAAAUUCGUCAUUCCGCUGCACUCUGAAUAAGCCGUUGACUUUCACGGUCAAGGCUCACUGAACCUGCCUUAAAGAUUUUAAGUAUGAACGGACCUCGGUUUGAAUGUUGCAGCAGAACUGAAACUUCUCAGUCUCUAUUUUUUCUCAAAUUCUUCUAUACUUCUGUGAUGAUUCCCAUAAAAGGGAAGUGAUAGCAAAUGAUACCAGCUCUUGUGACAAACCUGAUCUGAUAAAAGCAGAACCAACAUCAUUAUACUCACCGUUUGCUGCAUUCGAACGGUCUUACAAUAAUCCUUCACACAGCCGGGCUGAUCUUUUUGGAUAAGACAACUUUUAUAACCAAUUAAAUAUGCAGUAGUGGCACAAAACAGCAACUGGCUCACACUUAAUACGACUUGAUUGGUCUUAUGGCAUUUUUGAAUGUCAUUUUGUUUCUUUCAACAUCUUAAAUAGAAGAAUUAGUUUUUAGUUCUUCGUCAGCUGUGCUGAUUUAGAUAGUCUUUACAUUUCCCCAUAGAAAAAUGUGCAUUAGAUGGGGCUUUGGUCUUUUUCCCCAUGCUUUUUUUUUCUUUCUUUAUGUGCCAGAUUGUUCAAAGUCAGUGUUAAAGCACUGAGGUUAAGAGCAAUUUAUUGCAUGCAACAUUUCUUACAGCAUUAUAAGCUUUGUUGACCAAGCCCAGUGUGCUGUAAAUAUGACUGGGCUCUCAUCAGUGGUAAAACGUUGCACACUGGUAAGAUAAGACAAGUCUACUAAAAACUGCUUUGUGAUUUUAGUUGCCAUUGGACCAAUACUGACCAUUUUAAGCAGCCAUUGGCCAAUACCCCCUAUUUUCUUAGGCUAAUAUUUUUUGCUGUUCUUUAUUUGCUGUUUGUUUCAGUUCUCUCAGUGCUCAAACAUAAGCAGCUUAUGAAAUCCUGCUUUAAAUGCGAGGUGGCAUUGCUUGUUUGGUUACAUAAAACAAGGAUCUUUUAUUAAGAAAGAUGCUCCACUGGUUGCAAUAAACCUGCUUGCCGAUAUAGAUUCAUGAUUUUAUUACAGGUUCUAUUACUGUGCGCACAAACCCAUUACAAAGCAAAAAGUCAGUGUGUGCUACACACUCAGUUCUUUUGGGUAAUAAGGAGUUUUUCAAAAGCCCAGUAAGGACAGUUGAAAUAUUUGCUUGAGACUGCAGAUCGUAUGCCUUCACCGUUAAAAUGAGAGGCACUUAUGACUCGCAGAUCCGUAUGCAACAAUAAUGAACUUAAAAUUGUUUCAAAACUGACACCAGGAAAUAAUGUGUUGAUUUUAUCAGGCUAAUUUACUUUUUUACUUUUUGUUUAAGCUUAAUUGGGAUGUCAUCUGAAUUUGACCCCCCACCGAUUUAAUUCAGAAAUAUAUAUAUAUUUUUUUUACUGUUUCUAUCUUUGUUGUCUGUUUGUGAGCCACAUUCAUGGUUAAAGUUCUUUUUUUCCUUUUUUUUUACAUCGGUUAAGCUAUGUACAAUCUAGUGGGGAUCUUUCUUGUCACAAGUGUUAAGAUAAACUAGAAACCAACAGACCUUUCACAUCACCUAUUCUCAGUUAUGGGGAAAAAAAAUGAAUGUGAAUUUUGAUUUUGUUAGUUUUUUUCUCUCUUCCUUUUCUUUUCAGAGUUGAUGUUUGUGUCUGUAAGGUUAUUGGUGCAGCCUCUGAUGGCUGUUGGAGCUCAUUUUAAUUCGCUUUUGAGCUUAAAAACAAAGACUAAAUGAGUCCGUUAUUAAAAGAAUUAAUAAGUUAAUGAUGCUAAUGUGAUUGCACUGUCACAGUAUAGCAAAGGUCCAUCUUAUAGUGGAUGAAUACAGAUAAGAGAACGUGCGUCUAAUAAUACAGCAGUUACUGUGGAAAUCUAGCACUAAAAGAGCUUAAAAUGGUGCCAAAAUCACUUGCUGUUUUUUUUUUUUUUUUACGACUUGUUAAUUGAAAUUGAAAAUAUCACUGCUGUACAAUUUUUGUUUUUUUUUGUUUGCACACAAAUAGGCUCUAAUUGAUGAUCGCUACAGAGCCCAGUCGUAAGAUUCAGUUGAAUAUGUUGUGAUACCCAAGCACUACUUGUGCUUAGAUGUAUGUCAAAAUGCAGUUUGAUAUAAAUCAUUCCUCUGUAGGAGUUUGCUUCUAAAAUCUGACCACACUCUGUUGAGUAAUUAAAAAAAAUGCAAAAACGUUUUGUUUUUAUCUGUUGAUUUUCAUUUUUGUGACUUCUCCUCGAUGAUGUCUCUCGAGGUAUUGUAGGGCUUUUGUUCAGUAUCAAAUAUUGAAAGCUACUUUUUGGUUUCUUUCCACAGGUUUCCAUUACUACGCCUUUUUCUUAACAAAAGUAUGAGGUAAAGGUUGUUAGCAUUGCAUAAUUUUGCAUUUAUUUCUGCACCUGUUGUGUAAUUCAAGACAUGAUUCCGUUCUGGUUUAGACAACAACAACGUUACCAUUAAUUGUGAGUUAGUGACAAACCCUACAAUGUCAACCUUUAAGUGUAAGGACUGAAUGAAUAAAGAGAAUGGAAAUAUGACU